AUGUCUGACACCGGUCGCAAAGACUUUACCACUAAGGCCAAGGAGGAGAUCACUCCCGACUCCACCAAGUCCACCCAGGACAAACUCAAGGAGACUGUCACUGAUGCCGGUGACCGCGUCAGUCGUGGGCUCCAGUCUGAUGACAGCAAGGGCGGUACCCAGGAGGCCUUUGACAAGACCCAGCGUGCUCACGAUAACAACAAUGGCGGUGCCACCAGCUCCGUUGCCGACAAGGUCAAGAACGCUCUUGGCAUGGAGAAAUAG